GUCCUCAAGGGGCUCCCUGGCUUGGAGGCGGCCCAGGAGACGGAUCGGAGCUCCGAGGACAUCAGAGACGGGGGCCUCUGGACGCUGCCGCCCAAAACAUUUUGGAAGAGCACCAGGGGGCCACCCAGACAGCGGCAUAUUGUUAGGCAAAUAUUUUGUGGCAGCUAUAUCACGGCGGCGGAGCUCCACAGCUGGGGCUACCAGGUCUCACCGUUGUGCAGCCUGUGCAAGACCCGCCCCGACUCGGCGUGGCACCGCGCAUUCGAGUGCGACGCGAAGGUCGGGGCCUUCAGGAAGGCGAUGUUCGGGCCCGUGCCCGCCUUCCUCAGCCAGACGCCUGGUUUUGCAGAGCAUCUUGCAGUGCUUCGAGGCCUCAUGCAG